AGAAAGAACAUCAGAGUUUCUGCCCACUGUGUGAUUUCUCUCAAAUCAUCUCAGCUACAUUUCCUUCCAUGAUGAGUUGGAUGAAGUGUUGUGUGUUCCCACUGCUGCUGCUGUGCAUGUGGCAGCUGCAAGAAGGAGCACACGCCUGCAGAUGUGCUCCUGUGCAUCCCCAGACGGCGUUUUGCCAGUCGGAUGUCGUCAUCAAGGCAAAGGUGGUUGCGAUUACUGCUGGUGAAUUUGGUAUCUACUAUGAUAUUGAACAGACCAAGAUCCUGAAGGGUCCUAUAAGGUCCUAUGAUACCAUCUCCACUGCAGCAUCCUCUGCAGAAUGUGGUCUAACUCUCACAAAAGAUGUAGAAUAUUUCAUCACAGCAGACAAACUGAAGCCUGACGGGUCGCUGCACGUUUCAUCCUGUAACUACGUUGUACCCUGGAAAAACAGCCACGAUAUCCUGGUAGAGCGUUAUAGGAUGGGCUGUGAUUGCAAGAUCACUCGCUGCAUCGAUGUCCCGUGCAGAGCCAGCCCAAAUGAGUGCUUGUGGACAGACCUGCUGACGGGGAAUUUGGGCAAUGAUGAGCAAUGUGCUUGCAUCAAGAAAAGUGAUGGUUCUUGUGCCUGGUACCAGGAGGAUGCCUCAAAAGAAUUACAUGAACAUUAGUGACCCUAAAGUCCACCAUGCAGGAAGUGUCAAACUUCCAAAUAAAUGUCUAAAGCAA